AGAAGUUCAUCCAGUACAAGCUGGAGAUCCGUACCAACAACUACGGCACGGUGUACUGCUGGAAGCGUUACAGCACCUUCCGGUACGUGGUUGCGGAUCUUAAGCUGCUGAAUGUGUUGAAUGGGGUGCUAACGUUGUUGCAUCUGCUGUUGUUUCUGCAGUUCGCUGUGUGACCGUCUCAUGAAGGAAAACGGCAUGAAGCGCCAGGACAUUCCCGAGCUCCCGCACCGUCACCUGUUGGGCAACUUCUCGCAGAAGACGAUCGGUGAGCGUGCUGAGAAGCUGAACCUGUUCCUGAACGCCGCCGUGAAGGCCGAGCACCUGCAGUGGGGUAUCCGCGUCGACGACCAGAUCGCCGUCUACAAGCGUCGCAACAAGCGCGCCACGCAACCCAGCAGCCAGCCCGGUAGCCGCGGCAGCCGCAGCAUCUUCUCGCGUCGACGGUAAUUGUAGUUAAAUCUCCCGUCGCAGCGCAGCCACGGGAAUUGUUUAGUCCAGUCAAGUUAUCUGCGUGCAGAUGCAGAACUGAGCCAGCAUGCUCUCAGUAGGAGAGAGCGGCAGAACGAGGGUUGCAAGAGCUACAGUAGACAGUUUGGUAGUCCGUUCGCCUUCACAUGCGACCUCAGCUCGAUCGAAGAGCGGAGGUGGAGACGGCUACUACUGGAAAAAUUGGAUUUUUAUCUUACCAAUGCAUUUGUUUGCUGUCUCUAUCAUCUAUUUACGGUGGAGCGACUUCGUUGUGUAGUUGCAGCUCGUGUAUGCAGUCAAGGUGGUCAAGGAUUUCGCUAGCACGGUAAUGGCUUUGUGGUUAUUAUAUAGCUAAGCUUCAAAGUUCAUUUUUUCUGGUGUUGUGUGCUGUACUCAAAGCCUAAAGCUCGAGUUGUGCGUUGUGAGUGAGUACCUUGAUGCGUAUCUGAGGAUCAUAUCGUCUAUUGAGAUUUAUACUGCUGGGCAGCAGAAAACCAGGACACCUCCGCAGAGCCGCCGAAUUCCGGACAAACUCAGCUUGUGGUGGUGGCAGACACUUGAUGGGGCCUUGCUGGAGGAUUAAAGAAACCAGGGUUCCUUGACCUAGAUAGAUGGGUUGGAACAGAAAGAAGCUGCGGGCAGAAGACAAGGUAUCGGCUGCUGAAGCGAAAAUCGCCUGGAAUCGCUACCUAUACUUGGCGCUUGUGAGCCAGCUUGGUGACUCACGUCUCGGUGAAGAGGCCCUUGAUUGGCAAUACAACGCAGUACACACCACCAACCAGUAGUUGCACUUCGCCCGCAGAAGUUGUUUUGGAGACCGUGUUAUCCGUCCACGUGAUGGGGGCAGCAUGCGGGAUCGAUCCCGGGUACCGCUCAUCAAAGUGUGUCGAACGGAGCUUGACCUCGACAGCGCCUGCGAUAUCGUGACGCGGCACAAGUCACCUGAGAGGCUCAGCGUGAGCACAUCAUUGACAAAGCUCAGCGCUCGAAUGGUCGGAAAGGAAAUUGGCAGGACCGGUGGCAAUGGCAUUGUGCAUGCAUUGCGUUCCUGGUAUGCUUUAGGCCGCACUAGGGUCCCUCCCUGCCCUACGAGGACCGCCCUGAGCCAGUGGAUGAUCGACCACCAGUGGAUGACCGACCACGUCAGUGGUCGGUCUUGGUUGGAGUGGGCGGCGCCAUAGAACCUACACCUGUUUACUGCUGCUUUCCUCGGUCGGGAGUGAAUUAUAGGUUUUUCUUACAUGUAGAUGAACAUAGAAGCCCCUUCCGCGCUCUAGGUCCCAGCAGCCGAAGAUCCUAGAUCGGAAGAUUCCGCGAACCGUUUCUGACGUGGCGGGCACUUCAACUAGCCCGAGCGGACGGCGAUCGACUGGCUGGCGGCAGCAGCUCGCCGCUACCUUGCCAUGUAGCGCUUUUGGCCGUGCUGUUAGCACUGAUGGCCCCGCCCACAGCCGUGUCGGUGUUCGCAGCGGCGGUGACGGCAUUUUUAGCGUGGAGGUAGGCCGGACUCGUCUACGGAGCGCCAAGUUGGCGCCGCCAAUGCACCUGAUCCCUGGAGGCUAACGCCCCUCGCUCGACAAUGCGCCCCCGCCGCCGGAUUAGGUGACGGCCACCGCGCGGCCAACAGAGUGCCCGUAGUAUGACGGCGCACCGGCGAUUAAAGUCUUCACCUCCAAUGCGAGAUUCGCAGGAAGUCGAUUGCAAAUGCACGUCCGACAAUCCCCGCUUAGCAUGCGAGAAGGACGGCAGUCUCCACGCCACCCAGGCAGUUGCAGCAGCUUGCCGCGAGGUAGGCUUCGCCCUCUACGGAACUCGAGCGCAGCCGAUACCGCCGGCAUGUAGUACGCUACCUAGAUACUGUACCUCGAGCUCUUUUUUCUGAUGGAUGGUGCUUGGGCUUGGGGCUUGGUCGCUGACGCAGCGCAGAUCACCACCUUGAAGAAAUCCUCUCCAAGCGCAUGAGUUCAUGACGAGCGACAAAACGUGCACCCCGUCAUCGCGCUCACUAACGUUAAUUGCUUGCCGCUGUAUGCGCGUCCGUGGCAAAACCUCGUUGUCAGGCGCUGGAUAUGGCAGCUCCGCGGCGGUUAUGCGGUUCGAUGGGGCUGUCGCUAUCUUUAGAACUGCUUUAACUUUCGAUUAUCCUGCCGCCGUGUCUAUCCCCCGCUGUAAACCGCUUCGAGCAGCUCCUCCCUCAUAACGAAACUUGCCAGGAAUCAGCCAGGAAGCUUUCGGCCAGCGUCACUCGCUCGUCUAUAGAGGCGCCUCCAGCUGCCACUUCGACUCAGGCUCGAGCGGCGCGAAAGAUCUUCAAAGCUUCAAGGCCAAGCGCACACCCAAGCCAGCCCGGUCCGCCCUCCCUCUCACUUUGCGAUCCUCCGCGCUGAGCUGGGCCACCGCCAAGAGACACACAAGAGCUUGGCUAGCUACGUAGCAGCAUGUUCUGGUCGGCGGCGCUGGACCUGAAGACGCAGCGGCCGCCCAGCCGACCGCUGGGCUCCUACGGCUCCUUCAGCCGCUCCGCCAGCAACGGCAGCUUCCACAUCCCACAGAGCAUCCCGGAGCACCAGCCCGUGUCGCAGUUCACGUCGCCGCUGCCGGACCAGCGCCGCGUCGAGGAGUACUUCGAGCGGCCCGACACGGCCUUCGCGCGCACACGCGCGUCGCUGCAGCUCUCGGAGCGCACGCAGACGGCGCUCAAGCUGCUGCUGCAGGGCGAGCGCAGCGGCGGCGGCCAGCGCCCCAAGCCCACACCGGCCUCGGCCAAGCCCAAGUUCGCCCCGGACAUGUACAGUAUGAGCAAGAUCAGCGGCUACAGCGCGCGCCAGGCGCCCAUGAAGAAGCUGCCGGAGCGCACACCGCUGCUCAAGCCGCUCGCGCGCGCCCACGGCCAGGAGGAGCCCAACCCGCAGGAGAACAGCAACGAGCACAACUACUGGAUGCAGGAGCUGGAGAGGCGGCGCGCGGGGCUCAGGAGGAGCAGGCGCCGCACGUGCACGCCCAUGUCGGAGCGGGCCACCACGUCACCCCUCAAGGUGGGCGUGGUCAUGUGCUCGGUGCCGCUGGUGCUGGUGCUGGGCUUCGUGCUCUUCGUGAUGCUCUUCGGGGACGGCUCCGACGCUUCCAGCAAUGUGAUGAGCGCGAUGAACAACCUGCUGAGCAUCGGCGGGGACCACGACCCGGAUUCCAUCGCUGUACGACACGACGCGAUUGCGGAAGACAGAGGUAGGAUCGCUAGGACCUUCGCUCACCCGCCCGAGGAGAUACAAUUGGAAGCGGAGAGCCCCGUGAUGGCGCUGGACGUGUCGUCGGACCGAACCAGGCUGCGCGGCUCGCAGAAGGAGAAGGAUGAAUGACGAGGAAGUGGCGUGAGUGUGUGACGACUGAAUGUACGACAAAGCGAAACAAUAGCACAACCAACAAACGAGAGCUAGCAGAGCACCAACCACCUUGGAACGGGCCCGGGUCGAGCGGAUCGCCGCGUGCGCUUUCAAGCAGCUGGCCUAGCCACCAGCCAGCAAGACAACGAGCAGCCAUCUAACUUCGGACCCUGGCCGACGAGUAAAGCAGGCAAAGUAUCCGAUAAAACAAGAGUGACAUGACAACAUGGAAAAGUGCACCACGGCAAAUACGCAUUUGCUGACCUCACCUCAACCUACACAUCU